AUGAGACGUGCUGUCGCUCACUUGCGCACAGCAGGAAUCCCGUCUCUCGGCUACCAGAGAAGUGCCGAUGCUCUUGACCCACGCUUGGAAGACCUGGGCAAAGUCAUCAGGGAUGAAUAUGCGGCUAUAAGGGAUCAAUAUGAUGCACCUAAGCACCCUGUCGUGCUUGCUCAUGGACUCCUCGGGUUUGAUACGCUUCGCCUUGCUGGUCAUUAUCUCCCAGGUGUUCAAUACUGGCGUGGGAUCGAGGAUGCACUGUCUCUGAAGGGAGUUCAGGUCAUAACUGCAACAGUGCCUCCAGCGGCGUCCAUUGAGAUGCGAGCUGAGGAAUUAGCGAAAGACAUCGAAGCUGGAGCACGUGGUAAGGAAGUGAACAUCAUCGCAGGUCUCGAUUCGCGACACAUGAUCACGCGUCUUAGACCAACGAACUUCAAAGUCAGGUCCUUGACUACUAUUGCCACGCCCCAUAGAGGCUCUGCAGUUGCAGACUAUGUGCUCAAGCAGAUUGGUGAUGACCGUUUGGCUCAGUUGUACUACGCCCUAGAAAGACUAGGGAUAGAUUCAGGUGCAUUCGCUCAACUGACCCGUGAUCACAUGCAAAACACUUUCAAUCCUGCAACUCCAGAUGUCGAGGAUGUUCGGUACUUCUCCUAUGGCGCAUCGAUGCAACCAAGCUUCUGGUCCGUUUUCCGCCUGUCCCAUCGCCUCUUGCAACAAGUGGAGGGAUAUAAUGAUGGCCUUGUUAGCGUUGCAAGCAGCAAAUGGGGAGGAGAAAGGGGCUACAAAGGCACCCUCGAAGGAGUAAGCCACUUGGACCUGAUCAACUGGACCAACCGAUUGAAAUGGCUGGCUGGUGAGAUUACGGGCAAUAGGUUAAGAUUCAACGCGAUUGCAUUUUAUCUCGACAUUGCCGGUAUGAAACAGCGGCCCUACGUAGUGGCAUAG